AUGCCACCUGGAAUUGGAAAUACCUUUCUGACAGUAAUGAUGGGAGAAUUCAUAAUCUGAAUGUUAGGGAAUGGGUUCAUUGUACUAGUUAACUGCAUUGACGUCAGGAGUCAAAUGAUCUUAUUAGCCGACUGCAUCCUCACCAGCCUUGCUAUCUCCACAAUCAGUCAACUUUGGAUACUACUUGAUUCAUUUGUAACAGCAUUAUGGCCACAUCUAUAUGCCUUCAAUAAACUAAUAAAAUUUAUUGAUGUUUUUGGGGCACUCACCAAUCACUUAGUUACCUCUUGCUGCCUUAGUGUUUUCCACUUCUUUAAAAUAGCCAAUUUUACCCACCCCUGCUUCAUCUGGCUGAGAUGGAGAAUUAGAAUGCUACUUGUACUCCCACGGGGGUCUUUCUUCUUACUGUUUUUCAACCUUGCAUUAACAGGUGGACUUAGUGACUUGUGGAUUAACAUCUACACAACUUAAGAAAGAAACUCAACUUGGUCUUUAGAUGUAAGUAAAAUUCUAUAUUGUAACCUCUGGAUUCUUGUCAGUUUGAUCUACUUAAUUUCCUUUCUUCUGUCCCUGAUCUCACUGCUGCUUUUAAUUCUGUCCUUGAUGAGACAUAUCAGGAAUUUGCAGCUCAACACCAUGGGCCCGAGGGACCUCAGAAUGAAGGCCCAUAAGAGGGCCAUGAAAAUGAAAAUGAUGGUGUCUUUUCUCCUCUUCUUUUUGGUUCACUUUGCUUCUCUCCUACUAACAAGUUGGAUUUUCCUUGUACAGCAGAAAUAGCAGGCCAAUUUUUUUGUCUUGUUAACAUCAAUGAUUUUUCCUUCAAACCACUCAUUUGUCCUAAUUUUGGAAAACUGCA